AAAGGAGCAAGCAAGAAAUGCCAGAAGAAUGACUUCAAAAUAUCGCUAAAAACAAGCCUUCACGAUGUCUAACAAAGAAAAAACAAUAACAGUAGAUUAUUUUAACUUAGAUCCGUUCAAUGAAGACAAGGCCGAACGAAAAUACCUGAACUCCAAGCCAACAUGUUUUAUAAUGAUUGGAAAACCGGGAUCAGGGAAAACUACCUUGGCUCGGAAGCUAGCUCAAGCUUGGAAAUGUGAAUUUGUGAAUGGCAAUGAAGUUAUCAACAUGGCAAUUGAAAUGCAGACAGAAUUGGGAAUCAAGGCACAAGAAAUCCUUCUGCGAGGUGAAGCCAUUCCUGAAGAACUGUCAGCAAAGAUGUUGCUUGAGAAAAUCAAUUCCCCAGAGGUUGCUCAUCAUGGCUAUAUACUUGAUGGUUUUCCAUCGYUAAGUGAGGACUGGUUGUCCUUGGCAGAUCAACUAGAAUUGGUGAAAAACCUUCCAAUGCCUCCUGACUUCAUCAUUAAUAUCAAGAUCCCUGAUAAAGACCUUGCWGUGAGGAGACAAGAACAGAAGCUUGACCCCCUAACUGGCAUGUUGUAUGCAAGAUGGGAAUAUGCACCUGAACCAUUGAAAACUACAGACACAGAAAAUAGUGGUGAAGAGGAUGAAGGGAUGGAAGAAGAGGAGGAAGAAGAUGAGGAGGAAGAGGAAGAAAUCUUGGAGGAAGUUGAAGAUUAUCCGGAAGAUGAAGAGAAGGAAGAACCUUCUCCAGAGCUGAUUGACAGGCUUGUCACAAGACCAGAAGAUCUGCCACAGAAUGUCACAGCAAGCAUUAAACACUACAAGGACAUGGUUCUUAGAACAUUUGAAGACUACAUGGCUGAUCAUGACCAACAAAAGCUAAUUGAACUUGAUGGAAAUGAGAACCAAAGAGUAUUGUUUAAGCAUCUCAUGAUGAAACUCAACACAUUCGUGCUCAACCGUGCGCUKGUCCCGCUACGCCUUCAAGGCUCAGAAGACUCAGAAGAGAUAUCUGACGACACAGAUAAUGAUGACUUGUUAAGAACUCUAGCUGCUACAGAAAUGGUGGCACCAAAGUUCCGAUGGCGCCGCAGCAAGUGGGGAAGAAACUGCCCUGUUGCGUUGAAAGAGGGAAACAUCGUACCGGGCACCGUUCAAUACUCUGUCAGCUUUCUUGACAAGCUGUAUAUCAUGUCAACAAGUAAGUYCCUUGGUCAGUUCAUGCGGAAUCCACGACCGUUCCUAGCGCCAAACCUACCACGCCCUCCAUGCAAGGUGUGCGUACUUGGUCCUCCAUACUCAGGCAAGACAGAGGUGGCACGAAGAAUCGCUGAACGAUACAAAGCAAAGGUAUUAGACAUAGAUGAGUUAGUGAAGCCACGAAAAGAAGCAGCCAAAAAAAAGAUGAUGGAUGAGACAAAAGCAGAAGCCAUCCAGUCAGCCAUUGGUAAAGUAACAGCUGCUAGACAGGCACUCAAGGCGGGGCUGGGCGACGAAGAGGAGGAACCAUUAGAUAAAACGGGUGAAGAAGACGAAGAUGAGGAUGAGGAUGAAAAGGAAGGAGAAAAAGAUGAGGAGGAUACAAAAGAAGGCGAGGAGGAAGGCGAGACAGAUGAAGGUAAAGAAACCGAAGAACCAGAAGAGCCUACCGAGAAACCAAGAAGAAAAUCCAAAGAUGAACUUCCAAUAGAUGCCAAUCACCCUGACGUCAUUAGAAUUGUCAAUGACGUCAUGGCCGAGGCGGAGAAGAAGGAGCCUGAGCUGACCCCAGAAGAGUAUGUCGAGGUGCUUGAUGAGGCUAUACAGAAGAGAUCCGAGGAGCUGAUAGCUGAGGACCCAAAUGGAGCAAGUGCUGGUAGUUACGUGCUGGAUAAUUUUCCUCGAACGCGCGAGCACUUCUCUGCUAUGGUCGAACGUAAUAUUCUCCCAGAUGAGGUGAUUCUGCUGAARGAUGACAGUGAGAAUGGAGAACUCCUAAUGAAAAGAUGGUACGCCAGCAACAAGGAAGAACUCCAUGCAAAGUGGGAAGAAAGACGAGCGGCUGAGCRCGCGAAAAAAGAAGCCGAGCGACUCGAAAAAGAGCGCAUUCGCAAAGAAGAAGAGGCGAAAAAAGCUGCCGAGGAGGCGAGACGAACAGCAGAGGCUGAAGCCAUCAUAGCUGAAGCCAAACAACUAAGAGAACAAGAUGACGAUGACGCGACUGGUGCAGCUGACGGAAGCGAAGACAAAGCUCCCGAAGAACAGAAACCUGACGAAGUCGAGGAGCAAGAUGAAUCCUCGGAGAAUGCCUCCCCUGAUAUUAAAGGAUCAACCCCACGCCCCUCAGAAGGAGACCCAGAGGGAGACGGAGAGGAGGAGCUACAGCUUGAUAAAGACAUCCCACCUGAGACUCCUGAGACGGAAGAGUAUAGACGUCAGAGGACGAACUUUGAUCGAGACAGUUCUCAGCUUUUAUCGGUCAUUAAGGGGACCAAUGUUAUUGAACCGAUAAACGUAUCAGCAGAGAAGAACCUUGAUGUUAUUGCUGCUGAAGUUACCAAGAAGAUUGAAGCCCCGUUCAACUACCGUGGCUGGGAAUACACAGGAAUGGAUCAAGACGAAGAAGAAGAAGACGCAGACGAGGACGAAGAUGAUGACGACGAAGAUGGAGAUCCGUUCAACCGCGAAAGAAAGAAAAUCUUUGGGGAUACCAAGAUGUACUGUCCAGUGAUGCUGAAGGAAAGGAAAGUCCUCUGGCCGGGUACUAUUGAGUGCGCAGCUAAGUACAGGGAGAGGACGUACUUCUUCUCCGCGGUUGAAGCCAGGACAAAAUUCCUUGAAGAUCCAGAAAGCUUUCUUAGUGCUGAUGUUCCGGUCGAGAAGCCUCCCAUCCGUCUAAUCAUUCUAGGACCUAAAGGAGCUGGUAAGACCAUGCAUGGACGGUAUCUUGCACAGAAACUAGGCCUCUUCCACAUUUCAUUCACUGAACGCCUACAAGAACUGAUCAUCGCGAAAACCAAGAAGAAGAUUGGACCUGACUAUGACGAUGAGGAAGAGGGACCAACAGAUCCUGAGAGCACGGCAGAUGACGCAACAGCAACAAAAACUGGUGAUAGCGUACCUGAAGGAGCGAGAGAAGAAGGGUACAAUGAAGAACCAGAAGUAGAAUUUACUGAAGAUGAAGAAAACAUCAAAGCCAACCUGACGGAUGGUGACCCACUACCAAACGAGACACUAGAUAAGAUAUUACCAGAAUGGUGGAAUGAGGAACCUUUCAGAUCUACAGGAUUCAUACUUGAAGGUUUCCCGAGGAAUGAGUUAGAAGCCCGYUAUUUAGCAAAUUCAGGCUACUUCCCAGACGCAGCCAUCUUGCUAGCUGUGGAGGACACUGAGAUUGUCAAUAGAUUGAUACCCCCUAAGCUAGAGAUAUGGAAGAGAAAAAGAGACAAGCGACAAGCUGAGAAGGAACGACGGAAAGCUUUGGCAAGAAAACAGAAGGAAGAGUUACGAAAUCGCCGUCGCGAGGAAAAACUGGCGCAAAUCGCUGCCAACAAAGCUGAAUUAUUGGCACGAAGACAGGCUCGUGAGAGCGACGACAGCGAUGAAGAACUAGACGAAGAGGAAGAAGAAGUAGAUAUAGAAGCCUUGCUUGACGCUGAGUUCGAGGAGGAAGAAGAGGAGGAAGAUGAAGACGAGGAAACAGAAGAGGAUGCRAUAGAACGAAUGAAAACUGAAAUAGGAGAUCGGUUUGAUGAGGAAGUGGGAAGACUUGCUAAUGUGCAGGAAACAUUUGAAGAGCUACUCAUUCCUCGUAUGGAAAUCAACGGUGGUCGCAAGCCACGCAUCGUUCGGUAUUGCAUCGACAAAGCCAUUCGACCAGUCGUGGACUUCAGAGAAUGCCUGUUCGAUCGUUGUUUUGCCAUAGAUUUUUUACUAGCCAACAAAAUGCUCUCAAGUGGCUAUAAAUUUCCUAGUAGAUUUGGCCGCUGGUGUCCUGUAAAGUUACUGGAAGGAGAAGUAAUCCAGCCACAGUACGGGUCCUUGUACUAUCCAUGUCCUGUUGUCUACAGACAGCACGUCUACUUUUGCUGUAACGAGGAAUCGAGAGAGAAGUUUAUGCAGUGCCCUGCUACCUACCUUAAACAGCCUUCWCCCAAACCUGUUGUCCCCAUACGUAUUGCUAUUAUUGGACCACCCAAGUCAGGAAAAACUACUAUGGCCAAACGAUUUGCUUCGGAGUAUGGCGUCGUGCGUUUAUCCAUCGGAGAGGCCUUACGAAGGCUCCUUGAGAAUCAAAAGCACACGGAACUAGCAAAACAGAUCAACAUCCACCUGAGGACUGGUAACACUGUUCCUGAUGAACUGGCUGUGCAGGCUUUAGAGGUGGUCUUACUCGACAUGCAGUGUCAGACCCGAGGAUUCGUACUUGAUGGUUAUCCAGUGACCGCAAAACAAGUCGAACUGAUGACUGACAGGAAAAUCAUCCCGGUCAAGGUCCUGGAGCUGAAAGUAGAUGACGAGGAAGUACUGAGACGAGGAAUGAUUGAUAGAAAUGAUCCUGCAAGGACUCUACCACUGCAYGACAGUCAUCAGAUUCUAGCCAUUAGACUGAACUGCUGGCAACAAGAAAUAGGAGCCGUGAGGGACUGGUACGACAAGGARCACCGGAAYUGGGCUGCUUUGAAUGGUCAGCGGUCCAAGUGGUGGGUCUGGAAUGAGGCGCUGGAUGAAACCAGGAAAUCUGUUCGGCAGAUUCAAAUCUACCUGGAUAGGAUUGGCUCAGGCAAGGCAGCAUCAAUAGCCGACAUGUGCAUCACUCAAUCAGAACUYAAGUCACGCCUGGGAGAUUUCGGCCAGUACUGUCCGGUGAGUCUCGCAGACCGUGGUGAAUUGGUCGACUGUUCUGUYACUCCUUCACUAGAAUUCGCCGCAGAAUUCCGAGGUCGUUAUUAUAAAUUAAGCUGUCGCGCUGAUCUGGGGAAGUUCCUGGCYGACCCAGCUCGUUAUGUCCCUCCAUUGGCGCCGAGGAAGUUACCAGACGUGCUUCCAGUCAGAAGGACUUCGGCAGAUGUCAAAGCCAUGUUCCCUAUUCAAAUUGAGAUGCAAGGCUAUUGUCCCGUCACAUUUUGGGACGGAAAACAAAGAUACGAGAGUAUUGUGCCAGGAGAUCCAGAGCUUGUAGUAGAAUAUUGCAACAAACUGUACUACUUCGCCAACGAGGAGAGUCUGGACAAGUUCAUGCUGUUACCCGAGCUGUACCACGGCCUGAAACUGCCCCACAAACUGCCGCCGAGAAAAGACCCUCUGUCAGUGAACGGGCUUCCUAUGUUAGGAUUCAUGGAGCAAACUGUAUCGAAUGCCAUCACUAAGGCUCUAACUGCGGUGGGUUGCUUCAAACCAAAGUAUCCAUUCUUAGAUGCUAAGAAAUCUGCGCUAMUCUACGUCGCCUACCAUCUCAAAGCGUACAAUCCAAAUAGUAGCGAAUACUCGAGAAAAAAGUACAAACAGAAGCUGAUGAAUUUUGAAGAACAGUGUGAACUUAUCAAGUACCUUGGACACGAAAUGACCUCACGAUACCGAGAACCAGACGAACGUCCGAUCGACUUCGACCACAAACUCGACAACUUCUUGUCUCUCAAGGGGAUGGAGGCUUAAUUAUAAUCAUAACAAUAACUAAUAWGCUAAGGAAAAUAUAAAUAUUACCCUAGAUUUGUUUUGAAGUCGGAGAAAAAUAUGAAAUCUGGAUUAACGAAUAAAUAAAAUGACGUCAUUUUGAUUAUGCUAUUGACGUCACUAUUGUAUUUGGAUAUGCAAAUGUUUUUAGCGGUAUGUGUAGAUAUAUAUAUAUAUGUUAAUACCUUCUUCAUACUGCUAGUGUACAUACCGAAAAUGAAUAAAACACCGAUGUUUUUUAUU